UAAAACUCGCUCUUUUCCCGCAAAAAAGCCGCAGAAGUUGGUCACAUGGUGGCGGUGGUGUCAGAGGCCGAACUCGAGGAAGCGCUGCGCCACUCGAGGGAAGGUGCCUUCCGCCACGGCGGCCAAGAAUACUCAGUGGAGGUCGUGGAGACGAGUCCCGACACGGGCGAGACCGUCAAGCACAGCUUGCAGCAGCCCGACGUGACACCUGCAGCCGCCGUUGCACCGCCUGUCGCUAACGCAGUGCACGACCUGCAAGCUGACGAAAGACCCGAGUCCAUCCCAGCCUCGGAACAGCCUUCGCCGUCAGAGGCACCGUCGUCCCCAGUAGCGCCGACGGACGAGCCCUCGCCCGAGUCGAGCCCGGGCCCCGCGUUAGUUUCCCCGCCUCUGGAGGCUGGGUCGCCGGCUGAAGCCGAAGCCGCGGCCGUGGCCGUAACGGCGACUGCGUCCUUGGCCACGUCUCCCUCUCCAAGCAACGUGUCCUCGGGCAGCAACAGCAGCAGCAGCAGCAGCAGCUCCGGCGGCGACAGGCCACACGCCAGGAAGCACGGGCACCACAGGCACCACCCCCACCACCAGAGGGCGGGCCAGGCCGCCGGUGACGGCCACCGCAAGCGCGUCUUUAUCGACGAAGCAGCCGUAGGACACGAUGGAGAAAAGGGCAAGGGCAGCACGAAGCACAGGCGGCGUCCCCGCCGUCGCGUGAGGCCUCCGGCACCGUCGGUGGCCGACGUACUGGUCAUCCUGUGCGGGUUCAUCAUCACGCUCGCCGUGCUCACCGGACUGGCCGCCUCCACGCGUCACCUGUUCAAGCAGAAGAGUGAGUACGCUUGA